AGGUUGAAUUGCACCGUUACGUCAUGAUACGUCACGAGUACCGUGCAUCGCUAUCGUUGUCACAGUAAACAAACAUGGCGUCUGGCAUCGAAGACUUUAUAUUCGAAGAAGAUUUCGAUGCUAUUAUGGCAGUUUUAGAAGAAGAUGAGAAUUUGGAAGAACAGUUUCAUGAAGCUGUACAGGAGGUCCAAAGGCAAGACGUAGCUUGUAGUAUAUGUCAAAAAGUUUGUAAAAGUAAACGAGGUCUAAGCAGACACACGACUAUUAAACACAAAGAUAACAACCAAGAUCCCGAACAAGAUGUACAAGAGGAAGAAUCAAGGCAAAGAAUAGCAUUUACAAGCGACGUUUUGAACGAUCUGGUGAACAACGUGAAAACGACAAUAAGCAAAAGAAAAGUGUUUACAAAAGCAAUGCGAGAUGAAAUAUCAUCAUUCCAGUUUAACAUUUGCGAAGGAUCGAAAGAGUUUGAAGAGAUACGGACUAUUUUUGAUGGCUUUACGAAGAAUGGAAACGCUGACAAGUUUUACUCCAAGUAUUACGCGACCAUAUCAUUACAUGCUACAAAAUACUUCCCGAGUCUGUCCAGUAAUUCAGCAACAUUGUUAUCAACUAAACUUGCUGAUCGACUCCUGGCCUACUGCAAAGAAUCUCUUUCUCCUGUAAAUGAUAACGAAGUUGAAAAAGCUUUAAAGGAAAAAGAGAUUGCUGGUCUACAAUAUCUAGGAGGCUAUGUCUUGCAAAAUCUGCACAAUAAACACAGAGCAUCUAAGAAUUGGAAAUCAACAGAAAGUCAACAGGCUACAUCUUUAUUAAAUGCAUGCAAAGAAGAAUCAAAGACUAUCACUGAAUCACAGAAACUUAUCUCUUCCUUAAGCCGUGGAGGGCUGUGGAAUCCAACGAAAAAAGCCCAGAAAAUAUUUUUGAGGGCAGAACAUCAUUUUAGAAACAAUUGUAAAACUGACCAAAGAUCUAUCAACAUUGAAGCUGUAAUUGAGAAAUGUUGCAAAGAUACAGAUGUAGUUGCUUUCUUCAAUGAAAUUGUAUCUGAAUCCUCACUGGAGAUUGAUAGCAGAAUUAGUAAAGAUAUGCUGCACAGUAUUAUCACCUUAUAUUUACGUGUACGCUCAUUUUCAUUUGCAAGAGAUGUAAUUCAGAAGCACAAGAUCAAACAGAAGCAAGUGAAAGCUAAGUCCCUGAGAAAGGAAAUUAAAAGGGCAAGUGGAGGAAAGGAUGAUAGAGAACCCUAGAAUCAAAGACAGCAUAAAAUGCAUCAAAUGGCAAUUUUAUUUAUAGGGUCAAUGUUCUGGUUUAUGUUAGCAGAAGUCAGUCAUCUAGAUGUCAACAAAUUAUGUAUACUUAAAAUGUAUGAGGUGGUUUGCAAACACCUUUGAAGCAAUCAAUGUAUUUAUUAAUGUCAAUGUUCUGGUUUACUUUAGCAUCUAUAGA